AUGGAGACUGGUAGUUGCUCUGCCGCUCGUGUGGGGAACGGGGAUGUGGGGUCCCAACGGGACGUGAGCCUCGUGCCUGAGCGGCUUCAUAGACGUGAACAAGAGCGGCAGCUGGAGGUGGGAAGGCGAAAGCAAAUACGGCAGGACCAGGAGGUGGAGGAGGAGAAGAGCGAGUUUUUCGCCGUUGCCUUCGCCCGGGAUCGGGCGGCCGUAGAAGAGCUUUUGGAGAGCGGGCAGUCACCCGAGCGGCUGGAGGAGGCAGCCACCCGACUCCAGGGGCUGCAGAAACUCCUCAACGACUCCGUUUUGUUCCUGAACUCCUACCACCUGCGGCAGGGACAAGAGGCGCUGGCGCGGCUGCAGGCGGCCCUAGCCGAGCGGCGCCAGGAGCUGCAGCCCAGGAAGCGCUUCGCUUUCAAGUCCCGGAGGAAAGAUGCCUCGGCCGCCGCCAAAGUAGACGUUGCUGCUGCUGACGCCCCGGUGGCUGAAGGUAUUCUGGCCUCUCCUCCGCCCGUGAAGGAGGAGGAGGGAGGUUUCGGCUUCUCCAACCUGGAGUCUCAGGUCUUGGAGAAGCGAGCUGAGGAGCUGCACCAGCGCGACGUCCUUUUGACAGAGCUGAGCGACUGCACGAUCCGAUUGUACGGGAAUCCCAACACCCUGCGGCUGACUAAAGCCCGCCGCUGCACGGUGCUCUGCGGGCCGGUGUCCACCUCUGUCUUCCUGGAUGACUGCAGUGACUGCGUGCUGGUCGUGGCCUGCCAACAGCUCCGCAUCCACACUACGAAAAACACCCGCAUUUUCCUGCAGGUGACCUGCAAGGCCAUCUUGGAGGACUGCAGCGGGGUCCAAUUCGCCCCUUACAACUGGACCUACCCGGGCAUCGACAGGGACUUCGAAGGCUCUGGUUUAGAUAGGAAUAAAAAUAACUGGAACGACGUUGACGAUUUCAACUGGCUGGCCCGGGGUGUGGCCUCCCCGAACUGGAGUAUUCUUCCUGAAGCCGAGCGAACGAUCCAGUGGGACUAA